AUGCUGAUACCCGUGUCGACAUCGCCCUCGUCUAGCAACGGCGAUGGCGCCAUCAAGCUUUUCGUCGGACAGAUACCGCGUCAUCUCGAAGAGGAUGCUCUCCGUCCAAUGUUCGAGGAGUUCGGCAAGAUUUACGAAUUCACCGUCCUCAAGGAUAAGUACACGGGCAUGCACAAGGGUUGCGCGUUCCUCACCUACUACAGCCGUGACAGCGCAAUCAGCGCCCAGAACGCUCUGCAUGAGAAGCGGACUUUACCAGGGGUGAGUGUUUACAAGCGUUUACUGCGCAGUUUACCUACUUUUCAGCCAAUUAUACUCCUGUAA